AUGAUGUCCAGAGGAGAGCGGGACAAUGGGAAAAAUGGCACUGGCUACAAGGAUGACAAUAUUAGAAACAACCGGGACCAGGAUUCAGAGGGAAAAGCACAUAAGAGAUCGGAGACCAUUAACUGUGGUGUGAGCCUAAGGAAGAAGGUGAGCAAACCUCCCCUGGAGCAGCUGUACCGGGAGGGCCCGCUGCUGGGGAGCGGCGGCUUCGGCAGCGUUUACGCCGGGACCCGGCUCGCCGACGGCGUCCCGGUGGCCAUCAAGCGAGUGUCCCGGGACCGCGUCUUGGAGUGGGCGCGGCUGCACGACGGCGCCCUUGUGCCCCUGGAGCUGGUGCUGCUCUGGAUGGCGUCGUGGCCCGGCUUCCGCGGCAUCGUGCGGCUCCUGGACUGGUUCGAGCUGCCCGACGGCUUUGCGCUGGUCAUGGAGCGUCCGGAGCGCUGUCAGGACCUCUGGCACCUGCUGCACGCGGGGGGGUUCCUGCCAGAGCCCGUGGCGCGGGCGCUGUUCCGGCAGGUGCUGGGGGCCGUGCGGCACUGCACCAGCCGCGGCGUCCUGCACCGCGACAUCAAGGCCGAGAACGUGCUCGUUGACCUGGCCACCGGCGAGGCGAAGCUCAUCGACUUCGGCUGCGGCACCAUCCUGCAGGACACGUUC